UUCUGUAUUUUUCUUCCUUGCUCAGGCAAGAUGAUAUCCGCAGCGCAAUUGCUCGAUGAGUUGAUGGGCAAAAAUCGUGAUAUUUUGCCCUCAGAAAGAUCAAAAGAAAUAAGAUGGGACCACCCCUCGGUGUGCAAGAACUUUCUAUGUGGCUUUUGCCCCCAUGAGCUUUUCACCAACACAAGGUCUGAUCUUGGUCCUUGUGAUAAACAGCAUGAUGAAUCCUUGAGAAGAAUGUUCAAUGAUGCUAGUGAGCGUGAGAGGUCCCGUUAUGAAGAUGACUUCUUGGCGUACUUGCAGCAAGUUGUUUCCGAAGUAGAUCGCCGUAUCCGCAAGGGCCACUCUAGACUGUCACUCAGUAAUGCGCAACAACAUCAGUUGAGUGCACCCAACCAAUACAAGAAUGAGGAGCAGAUCCGAAUGUUAACGGAGCGCAUCAACACCCUGGUGGAAAAGGCAGAGGAACUUGGAUGCAACGGGGAGGUGGAGGAAGCUCAGGGGACGAUGAAGCUGUGCGAUCAGCUCAAAGAGGAGAGGGAGACCCUUCAAGAGAAUGCUGCCUUGGCCCUGGAUGCCGUGCUCUCCCAGGAGAAGCAGAUGGAAGUCUGCGAGGUGUGCGGAGCUUUCCUCAUUGUCGGCGAUGCCCAGUCUAGAGUGGACGAUCACCUGAUGGGAAAGCAACACAUGGGUUAUGCCAAGAUUAAGGCUACUGUGGAGGAACUCAAAUCCAAACGUAUGCAGCCAAUCAUCGAACGUGAGGAACAACGUCGCAAAGAGCAAGAAGAGCGCGAUAAAAAACUGGAAGAAGAGCGGGAGGAGCGCCGCAAGAAACGGGAAGAACGCGAGAAAGAGCGCGAGAAGGAAGUAGAAGAAAGGCGCGUCAAGAGAGAGAAGGAACGCGAGAAAGAACGAGAGAAAGAAAAGGAACGGCAGAAGUCGAGGGACAAGAGACGGAGCAGGUCCCGAAGUCGGGAUAGACGGCGGCGAUCAAGGAGUCGCGAUAAGAGACGGAGCCGUAGUCGUGACAAACGAAGGAGCUCAAGCCGAGACAGACGACGAAGCCGCAGCCGGGACAAACGACGUAGUAGAAGUCGGGAUCGACGACGAAGCCACAGUCGCAAACGAAGCAGAAGUAGGAGCCGCAGCAGACAUAACAGACGAAAAAGUCAAGAUAGAAGUCGAGACCGACGCCGUCGAUCAAGAUCCCACAGUCGUGACCGAAAACGACGCUCACGAUCUCGCAGCAGGUCACGUACCCGACGGCGCUCACGCUCCAGGUCCCGCACAUCACGUUCAAAGCGCAGUCGUUCUGGCUCCAGAAGCCGUAGCUCCAAGCAUCGCCGGGAGUCUGAGAGUAGAGAGAGCAAGAGACGAAGCCAAGAAAAAGAAACCAAUAAUAGGGACGACGAUCUGGAGAUGCGCAAAGAUGACGACGAUGAGGGAAAGAUAGGAAAUGAUAAGGAGGGAGAUUCUGAGACGACGAUAGAAAGCAGUCAUGAAGAGAGGAAGAAAGAAAGACGUGACAGUAGUGGCGAUAGAAGUGGCGACCAUCAUGAGAACCAACAAAAAAGAUCUCGCAGCAGAGGCGAUGACCUUGAAGACGAUGACGAGACUCCAAAGAAAUCUAAAGCGGAGUUGUACUCUGACGAUGAAGAGAAUGACGUUGAAUCAAAGAGGAAGAGCAGCACACCCCGGUCAGGCGGCAGACGCACCCCCGAGAAGAGCGACGUUGGAGACCUCCAUAAAUCUGAAGGUGACACUUACUCUGAUAACUGAUCCACAGUUAGAUGGCCCUGUCCAGUGAAGCAAGAUGUAUAUGAUGAGAGAAAGACAACAGUGAUGCAAGAUUAAGAUGAUGAUGUUUGCAGAGGAGUAACAUCUCACCCAGACUCGAGCUGACAGGGCCACCUAACAGCUGAUGAUGUACUCUAGUAGGUUUAUCAAACUUCCAAAUGGUAGAUACUGUAGAUUUUGUUGGUUUAUUUUCUUGGACACUGGGCUGCAUAUAGGCCUUACAUCAACAAGAAAUUUCUUUUGGUUCAUUUGCUGAAGGAAAAAAGUCAUAACGUGUUUAAAAGAAACUUAUGACAAGAUGAAUUGCUCUUCCUUUUUUUUGCUAGAAAGUAUAUAUACAUUUAGUGUUGUGUUUUUUUGUUAUAAAAGAGCACCCACAUGUUAAAGAUUUAAGAUUUUGUCAGCAUAAGAAGCUGCGCUUCUGAAAUUAGGGUUCCGGCCAGUUCCAGGAAGGUCAGCUGAAUCUUCACAUUAUUUUAAGAAGUUUACUUAUGUUAAAGAAGAUUGUAAGACACUUAUAAUCCAUGUAUAUAUUAUGUAGCCUGUGUUUCUUUGUUUACUCUUUCUUAGUCCACUAAUUGCGUCCAUUACCACCCCAGUUGUAGGCUUCAUUUAGGUGUGACUUCCUUUUUAGACCAGGUCCCAAAGAAGCUCGGUGUUCGGUUCAGAAUUCCCUGGUUGUGUCUUGAAGUUGCGGCGGUCACUGAAGCAUAAUAAGAGAUAUUAUCUCUUAUUAUGAGGCUUGUGGUUUCCAGCCCUGGGGUCACACAAAGGACAGCUUAAUCCCUUCUCCUGUGGGACAAUUUGAACUUCUCGUCGGUUUAGAAUACAUGGUAAAGACCCAUCUAGCAACCAAGCUUGAAAAAAGGGGUUUCUAAAAGGAUGUCACGCUUUACAUUUAUCAAGCAGUUGUAGACCUUAACCUGUGAUUCAACUUGUAAAAGUUCUUGCUUUCAGCCGUUCUGUGGAUUUCUCCCAUACAGAGAACACAUUCUUUGCCUGAAAAUGGGCAGCAUACAUCCAGGGUGUACAGUUUAGUCUUUACAUGAACAUUCUAAGGUAUGUGGUUUAGUUAGGUGUUGGUUGCUAUAAAUUGAAACCCUCCUGGAUGACGUCAUCAACCUGAGCGACACUGUACGAGGUGGGUGCAUUUUUGUAUUUUGUAUGUAACUUGGGCAAGUUGUUAAAAUGUGCAAAUUGAUUUUCAACCGGUUUGAUUUUUAACAUUUUGUUUCUAAGGGUUUAUAUUUUGUACCACAGUGUAAAUUCGGAUGGAUGUAUACCAGUAUAAUUAUUACAAUCUGAGGUUUUUUUUCUAUUUUCAUUUUCAUCAACUUGUAAUUCUUUUAGUUUUAUAUGAAAAUCAACUGGGUCUGGGAAAACAGUUGCUUCUACGAUCUACUAUCAUUUUUUUCUGACCUUUAUUUGUUGUGUAUAUUAUUAUUAACUAUUGUUUUAUAAGAUCAGACAAAACAAUUAGAGUAAGAAUGUUAUGCCCCUGUUGUACAUUUUGCUCAAAAAACUUUCAAUCCGGUAGAUGAUUGAAAAUUGAAAAGGUGGGCCAAUGAUGUGUUGGGAGUUGUGGGGAUAUCAGGUUUAUGGAUAUUCUUG